AUGCGCAGUGGGCUCUCCGCCAUGGCUGACACGGGCUGGCCGGGCUGCGCGAGGAGUUUGAAAGGUGUGAUUUUGGACUUGUGCGGAGUUUUGUACGACAGCGGGGAGGGCGACGGGGUGGCCAUACGGGGCUCCAUCGAGGCUGUGAGGAGGCUCAAAGAAUCCGACCUGCAGCUGCGCUUCUGCACCAACGAGACCCAGGCCACCAGAGAGAAGUUUGUAGCCAAGCUGCAGAGGCUGGGCUUUGAUAUCUGUGUGUCUGAAGUCUUCCCACCUGCUCCUGCAGCCGUAGCAGUCCUCAAGGAGAGGGGCUUACGGCCUCACCUGCUGGUGCACGAUGGACUUCUCCCCGAGUUCGACAGCGUGGACAAAACCAGCCCGAACUGCGUGAUCGUUGGAGAUGCAGCCGAAAACUUUUCCUACCAGAACUUGAACGAGGCGUUCAGGGUCCUCAUAGGUCUGGAGAAGCCGGUGCUGUUCUCUCUGGGCCAAGGGAGGUACUACAAGGAGACGGAUGGGUUGAAGCUAGACGUCGGCGUUUACAUGAAGGCUCUGGAGUACGCCUGUGAUUUGAAGGCUGAAGUGAUCGGAAAGCCGUCGCCAACGUUCUUCCAGACUGUUCUCAACGACAUGGGGCUUCAGCCACAUGAGGCUCUCAUGAUCGGGGAUGAUCUCUUAAAUGACGUAGGCGGUGCCCAGCAUUGUGGAAUGAGAGGUGUGCAAGUCAGGACCGGCAAAUACAGGCCCAGCGACGAGAAGCACCCGACGGUGACGGCCGACGGCACCGUGGACGACCUGGCCCAGGCCGUGGAGCUGAUCCUCAACCAGAGGAGGAACUGAGUACAAGGCAGCGGACGUGGGAAACUCUCCACCUACCGUGCCCAGCAGUGUUAACAUACAGGCUAUAAAAGAGUUCUUUCCAAUAGGAAGGCUGCGCUGCGUUGAGGUAACUCAACAAAUAUGUCAAAACAGUGCAGAAAAUGAAUGAAACCCUCCAAACACAGUGUAACCUGUGUCACAACUCAGCGCACUGUCAAACAUAGGAAAGCCAUCUGGUGCGCUACACAGUGUAAAGCAAACUAGACUGAAAUGUGCCGAGCUAUUACACGGGUCUGUAAGAGAUAGCUUUGAAUGCUUCGGAGCUGCACUGUGCAUUUGUCGGUACAUGAUUGGCAUAGAUAAGAUACCUCAAGUUGACAUGAAUGUGCCUGUAACCAGCUGCUGACUGACGGUUAGAAGGGGGAAAGUAAUGCUGCGUGUCGCCUGCUAGUGUUACUCAGUCAGAUUCUUUGUUGAGCUACUGUACUUGAAGACAGUUUGUUGGCAGACAGUAAAUGCGCAGCGAUGUACACAUGUAGCUGUGCAGUGUUUUAACAAACAUCGUGUAAUUAGGUGUAAUAUGUGGAAAAAAAACUAGAAAUGCACAACCUUUGUCCUGCAGUAGUCAGUAACACAGAUGUUUAACGCUGUUAUAAAUAAAGCUAAUUUACUCUCCUUGA